AUGCCGAAAUACACACUCCCGCGGGGCGCGUGGGACUCCCACGUUCACGUCAUCGACGAGGUCAGCUCUCACCCUAACCGACCGUUCACGCCAAAGCAGGCAACUGUGAAUGAGCUUCUCAAAUUCGAGGAUAGCCUCGGUAUCGACCAUGCCGUCAUCGUACCCGUCUCAGUCUAUGGCGACGAUAACCGAAGUCUCAUCGACGGUUUGAAUCGAAUGAAGGGCAAGGGAAGGGGCAUCGCUUGCAUCAACCCCGACACUGUCACCGAAGAGCAGCUGGACGAACUGAACCGCGCAGGCGUCGUUGGCGUCCGUCUCAAUCUGUGGAGCUUCGGCGCGACUCCCGAUAAGGACUCUCUACGAGCCACGCUCACCGCAUACGCAAACAAAAUCCGCAGCCGGGGCUGGGUGCUACAAGUAUUUGGGACGAUGAACCAGUACCCCGAUAUCCUCUCCAUCACCCCGGACCUCGACGUAGACGUAGUAGUCGACCAUCUGGGGUAUCCGGACCCGAAGAACCCCGCUCUCGACCCAGCCGGAAGGCAAGCUGUGUUGCAGGCGCUCCGAUCCGGUCGUACGUGGAUCAAGAUGAGCGGCACGUACCGCUUCCCCACCACGCCCGGGCUGGAUGAGUACGUACAGGAGGUACUGAAGACGGCGCCCGACAAGAUUGUGUGGGCGAGCGACUGGCCGCAUGUCGGAGGUCCUCAUCGGAACCCUGGCGGGGACAGACUUCAGCAGCAGGAGUUCAUGACUCCUGACAUUCCCGGCUUCAUCGACCAGUGCGUCGAGUGGUGCGGAGGAGAUCAGCAGCUGAUCAACAAAAUUUGGAUUGACAAUCCCCGCAGGCUUUGGAAGUACAGCGAGGACGAUUGA